CGCUGUGUGCAUCACAUGCUGUCGGCUCCUCUCUGGAGCCAGGGGCAGUAUGUAAAGUCUGCCACCUGUCAUGUGAAUACAUUGCCAAGCGUUCACCAUUGCCAAGUGCCUUGUGGUUCACUUGGCAGCUCAAAGCACACUAAAAAAAAUUACACAAUUCGCACCGUGCAAUCGCACGAGGCAGCAAUUAGGAGCAAGCACCCGCAGCCAGCACAGCCCCCAGACAGGAGCGAGUGCCUCCCGUGCCAGGGUCACGAUGCUCUCCCCCGUUCCAACGCAGGUGAUGUGAAGGGCGACACCCUGAUAGAUAUUGGCAGCGGCCCCACCAUUUACCACCUCCUUUCUGCCUGCGAGAAGUUUAACGAGAUCAUCAUUUCGGACUAUACGGACGGGAACCGCCAGGAGCUGGAGAAGUGGCUGAAGAAGGAGCCGGGAGCGUUUGACUGGACCCCGGCGGUGAAAUACGUGUGCGAGCUGGAGGGACAGAGGGAAAAGUGGGCUGAGAAGGAAGAGAAACUAAGGAAGAAAGUGAAGCAGGUUCUGAAGUGCGAUGUGAGGAAACCCAACCCUCUGGCCCCCGUGACGCUGCCCGCGGCUGACUGCCUGCUCUCCAUGCUGUGCUUGGAAGCUGCCUGCAAAGACCUGGGCACCUUUCGUGCAGCCGUGAAGAACAUCAGCUCCCUGGUGAAGCCGGGGGGACACCUGGUGUUAAAUACAGUCCUGAAAGGAACCUACUACUUGGUCGGGCAGCACAACUUCUCCUGCCUGGGCCUGGACCGGGAGUCGGUGGAGGCAGCUGUAAGAGAUGCUGGGUGUAUCAUUGAGCACAUCCAAGAGGCUCCAGAACCUGCUCCCGGAUCCAUCUCAGACUACACCGAUUUGGUCAGUCUGGUGGCACGCAAGCAGCACGCUGCGUGAGUCUGGUCACUGUAUACAGGCACGGCCACAUGCACCCUCUGGAAGAUGCUCUCCGCUUUCCCCAAUAUCUCCCACCCCCAUCUUUCAUACCAUGAGGCCCAACGAGGAUCAUUGCCCAGAACGACUCGCAGCUGCUUGAACUCCACUGGUCUGCUCUGAAUCAGGCCCAGAAAAUACUCUUAUUUGCUAUCACGUGGAAAUUGCUCCAGGAAAGUGGCAUCCUCCAGCACUAAAUCAAACGGAACUGGAAACCUUG